AUGUUGACUCCCAUUUUGACAAGAAUACAUCUACGUUAUGUAAACGCGUCAAAUAAUUCUCCCGGUUCGGUAAUAAUCAUAUUCUUUAUUGAUGAACUGUUAUACUACUAUAUUCUUAAAGAAUCGAAAGUGCAAUUAAAAGAGAAACUAGAAUUUCUUAAUGAGGUCAAAAGGAUGAAUCUUACACCAUUAGAUAAAGUGUUGACAAAGAAGAAAAUCGUCAACAGCACGAGGUCAGAAAAAGAAUUAGGGCGAGUUAAUGCACCUCAAGCUGUACUUUCGCACUCUCGAAAUCGCAAAGUGGAUGGAAUGUAUCUGUCACUACAAAUGCGAAGCUAUAAUGUAGUGAACAAAGAGUAUUGUUUUAAGUGA